AUGGCCUCCUCCAAGACUGCUGAAGAGGGGAUAUCCCCUCAGACAAUGUUAAGCAGUACCAGCCCCGCGGGAAACGAUGAGACACAGAAUCCAAACGAUGUCUUCUGGGAUAGCGACGAGGAUCGAUCAAAUCCAAAGAACUGGAGCGUUGUACGCCGAUGGUCCCAUGUUGUCAUUAUUUCGCUUCUGACCUUUAUAACGUCGAUCGGGUCAUCGAUGUUAGCUCCCGCCGUACCGGAUGUGAUGAAAUCGCUUCACUCCGAUAAUUCAGAGUUGGAAUCAUUCGUGGUAUCAAUCUAUGUGAUCGGAUUUGCAAUCGGGCCGCUGCUGGUGGCGCCACUGUCAGAACUUUAUGGCCGCUCAGUUGUCUACAAUGUCUCGAAUGUGAUCUUCCUUGGUGCCACAAUCGGAUGCGCUCUCAGCACGAACGUAGGUAUGUUUCUUGCCUUUCGUCUGUUAUGUGGCUGUGCUGGGGCUAGCCCCCUCGCUUUGGGUGGAGGGUCUAUCAGCGAUCUAAUGGAACCGGAACGAAUGGGAACUGCGAUGGCCAUCUGGGGAUUGGGCUCAUUGGCACCACCGGUAUUCUCUCCCAUUGCAGGUGGUUAUCUGAGCCAAUAUGCGGGCUGGAGAUGGAUCUUUUGGGUUAUCGUCAUUCCCAUGGGUAUUCUCACAGCCAUAUUCCCUUUAUUAAUUCGAGAAAGCUAUGCUCCAGUUCUCUUGGAACGCAAAGCGAAGCGUUUGCGCAAAGAAACUGGUAACCCUCAGCUGAAGUCGCGAUUCGACCGGCAACUCUCCCAGAAGAGGCUCGUUAUUGAUACCCUUAUACGACCUUUCCGAAUUCUUUUCACAUCACCUAUUGUGAUCCUGCUUGCAAUAAGCACAGCUAUAGUAUACGGGUACCAGUACCUGGUUUUCACUACGCUCUCAUAUAUAUUUCGGGAGAAGUAUCACCUAUCUACAGGUCUGUCAGGACUUGUCUAUUUGGGCAAUGGAAUUGGAACAGUUCUGGGAAUUUUCAUCAUCGGUUAUGCAUCCGACAAGGUCACCGAGCGAAGGAAAGAGAAAGCUUCAGACCCAGAUGAAGUAUUACAGCCAGAAGGCUGGCUCUGGCCCAUGAUCCCAUCGAGCUUUCUAGUCCCGGCAGGUCUGUUCUGGUACGGAUGGUCGCUGGAACGAAAUGCAUUCCCAGUAGUGCCGCUAGUGGGACUCGGUGUAUUUGGGUUUGCCAUGAUGGGCAUCUUCCAGCCUGUACAGAUCUACGUGGUUAAUGCAUUUGAGAAACAUGCUGCCUCCGCUAUGGCAGCAUCUACCGUCCUGCGGAGUCUAGUGGGUGCUCUAUUGCCUCUGGGAGGACAAAAAUUGUAUGAUGCUCUAGGCAUGGGGUGGGGUAAUAGUUUGUUGGCUUUCAUUGCAUUGGGGCUUGGGCCGGUUCCAUUUAUAAUGAUGAAAUAUGGAGCACGCAUGAGGAGAAGCGACCCAAAUUUGAGGUAG